GAGCGGAAGCAGCUAGCUUGUUUUAGGCGGAAGCGCUGAAAGACUCAAACCUGUAGUUUGAGAGAGUUUUUGAAGUGUUUGAACAGGUUCGUUCCAGGCGGUUCUGAUGUGAUCCAGGUCCUUGUGUGAAUCUGAUACCCUACAAACCACCCAGAGUUCCCCGCGGUGGCCGCUGUCAUCGGUUAGCCUAUUAGCUUCAGCGUGGACUAACUUGUAGGAGUUAGGUAAAGAUGUCGGGAGGAGACCCGAGGGCCGUAUUGUACUACAACCUGCCCGCCUCCGUUGACUGUGAGUUCUGCCGCAUCAUGGACGGGCUGUCAAACCAGGACUGGACCCGCUUUGCCUCGGGGAUGCUGAUGGAUCAGAACGACGUGCGAUUGGCUGAGAGGCAGGAAAGGCGGACCCACUGGGUGAUGGUCAAAUGCUCGAACAGGAACAUUCAAGUCGGAGAGCUGAUCGACCUGCUGGAGGAUCUGCAGCUGUUACGCCCCCGUGAUGUCAUCUUGAACUGGGUGAGAAGUCUGGACCUUUACUCCUAUGUUCCUGCUCCUGCUCGUCAUCUUCCUUCUUCAUCUCCUUUUUCUGACUCUCAGUUUGUCCCCCCUCCCAAAAAGCCUUGGGCCACGCCUAUGCAGGACACCUGUAGACUGGGCUCAGGAAGAGUAGGUCCAUUACCCAGACCUGCAUCGCCCCCCCCGGGGCUGCUCUCUGAAGUGCAACAACGUCACCAGGUCUCUCUCUCACACGCGCAUACUUGCACACACAUUACACAAGGUUUGUUCAACAAUCAAUACAAAUACAUCACUACAACAAAGCACGAUGAUGGUGGUGAUGUCAUCCCCCAGCCCCAGGUGAUGGUGGCGGUGAGCAGCAGCAUCGCAGUGAUGCGCCUGUCAUAUGAAGAGGUGUAUGCUGGGACAAAUGGGUUCUCCCCCUGCCUGCAGAUAGGGGAGGGGGGGUUUGGAGUCGUGUACAGAGCGACUCUGAAGGACAUGAAGUGCGCCGUCAAGAAAUUCAAAGAGGACGGGCUGCUGGACUGGGCUCUGCUGAAGAAGAGCUUCCAGACUGAAGUGGAGCAACUGUCAAGAUUCAGACAUCGCAACAUUGUGGAUCUUUUAGGGUUCAGUGACGGAGGAGGAUCAUUGUGUCUGAUUUACAGCUACAUGGAAAACAGAUCUCUGGAGGACCAGCUGCACAACGAGUGUGCGGUGCUCUCGUGGCCUCAGAGAGUCAGUGUUGUUAAAGACGCAUCAGAAGCUCUGCAGUUUCUCCACUGCCCCCCUGAAGGCGAAAAGCUGCUGAUCCACGGAGACGUGAAAAGCUCCAACAUUUUGUUGGACAGUCACAUGACGGCGAAGCUUUCAGACUUCGGUCUGGCUCGGUUUGUACCCACCGGCACCUCGGCAGCUAGCACGACAUCCGUGGGUAAAACGACAACAGUGAGAGGAACGCUGGCUUAUCUGCCGGAGGAAUACGUGAGAGGCGGAGAGCUGGGACCCAAACUGGACGUUUACAGCUUCGGAGUGGUGCUGCUCGAGGUGCUGACUGGACGUCGAGCUCUGGAGAAAGAUGAGAUGGGUCGAGACAGAUACCUGAAGUACCUGGUAGAGGACAUCAAGGAAGGUCCGGGUGGCUCAACUGAAGCAGUUUGGAGGAAGCAUCUUGACAAACGGCUGAUUUCAGGGGGUACUGCUGAGCUUACUGGUAGCCUGCAACUGGCGGAUCUGGCCUGCAGGUGUCUGGCAAAACUCAGGAGGAAGAGACCGGUAAUGAAAGAUGUGUGUGCAUCUCUUGAGGACGUAUAUAAAAUGGUGAGGGAGCCUCCCUACCAGUCCUUCCCCAGACCUCCCCGCUCUCUGGACUCUAAUAUACAACAGCUUUCCAAAGAGCUGAGUAAACUGGGACCACUGGAGGAUACCUACCAAGUGUCACAGUCAACCAAAUUUUCUUCCUCUCCCUCUUUGUUCACCCUCGCCACUCCUGACCCACUUCACUCAUCAUCAUCUCUUCCCCCGUCAUCCAUUUUCCCUCCUGUGUCUUCCUGUUCAUUCGCUGGUCCAUGUGAAACCGACGAGAGUCGAGGUUUCUCCCAGUACGACCUUCGCUCUCAGCUGAGAUCAAACGGGACCAGCUGCAGGUCUUUAUCUCCUUCCACCAAAGCCCAGUAUCGCAGUCCAGCUAGGCUCACAGAGGUUGAGUGCAACCAGCCUUCGGUGCCCACUGAGGACCAGUACAAUUUCCCUCCCCAGCCCAAUAGCACCAGUUUGAGUAUAGCACCCGGAGCACUGAGAGGGGCCCCAGCAGGACCAGAGACUAGAGGGCAAACCACGGCAGAGGCAACUGCAAGGCUCUACGGCUUCUCUCCUGCAGGGUCCCUGAAGUCAACAUCUCCAGAGCCUUCAAUUCAGAUAAAUUCCAGCAAACAGCGACUCCUGGAGAAGAAAACUCAGUACGAGGAAGGAAGGAUUCGUACUCCUGAGCUGCUGUCGUCUGAAAACAUCUAUGAAGAGAAGAGUUCUGGGGACAUCAGAGGACCAGAGGAGAGCGAUGAGCUGGAUUAUCUUCCCACUAAACACAAGUGACUGCGGUUAUCUAUUAUGGACACAAAGUAGAGGACCAAAGAUGGACAGUUUCUGGAGUGCAGCUGUGGAUUUCAUCAUCACUAAUGUUACAGAAAAAACUGCUGGAUGGUGGAGCUGCUGGUGUGUCACAUUUCAGACUGCUGGUGAAUCUGGGUUUCAUAGAUUUCUCCAGCUGUGCAUUUACCAAAAAACAUCACUGGGUUCAAACCAAGUGAUGCUCAUGUCAGCGUAACGCAACAUUCCUGUUAUUUUCAUCUAACUGAAAUUAUUUAUUCAUUAGUCUGUAAUAAUUUUAAAAUUCACAUGGAAAUAUUUUAAUAUUUGUAAUUGUGUCAUAAAAUUCUGAAAACAGAGUACAUGCUAUAUGCUUUGAAUGCCGCAGAGUUUAAGACGAUGUUUUAUGUUAUUGAGCGCCAACAAAAACCUGCAUCGGAUUGAUGGCUGUUGUUGUUCAAGGAGCAAGACAAAGGUAACAUCAGAACGUAGCCACUGCGAUGUCACAAGUUCUGCAUUUUGAAGCUGUAAUCUUAUUAUCGGCGGAGCCAGAAGAUGUCAUAUGUGGACAGGAGGGUGAAAUGUUAUCAGGUACUGCUAGCUGGCUUUGAUGGCAAACUGCAUCUAUACACUGUACAGGUGGAACACUGAGACAAUGCUACCUGUGAAAUACAAUAUUAAAUUUUCAGUCACCAAAACUGAAGCACGGAGAAAAUAUAAUCAGAUGACAACAUUUUUGAUUUGGAGCAGCCUCUAAACAUGUUUAUGUCUUCUAUUUCUUGUAAAAUUGGGCAUUUUAACAUUGGACCUUUUUUACUAACUUCAAAAACUGGCUUAAGUUUGAUUUCUCAGUGUUCCUUUUUUCUGUCUUCAUUCAUCAGUUGCUUGUAGCAGAUGUGCCCUUAGCCUGAUCCUGGAGGGACCUAACUGAGUUCUUCUUCCCCACUAUUACUUAGCCUUGCUCACAGGGGAUUAUCGGGGUUCUUGCCCUAACAUUUAUCUUACAGUAUAAAACUCACAGAAGCAACUAUAUAACACUGAAGAUAAUUAUUGUUAAUUAACUGGUUUUACUAGUUCUUCACUUGAGACAGUUUAUAAAAAUAGUUUGGCUGAUUUAAUUAAUUUAAUUAAAUAAACAAGUUUUUAAAA